AUGACAUCCCCAUUUGUUGAUUACUGCAUAUGUUGUGAUCAGUUAAUUACCACUAAUGAGAAUGUUCUUUACUAUACACGUACAAUCUCUGAAAUUGAAAAAUUUCAUAAACAACUAUAUUGUUCAGAAAAAUGCAAGUUUAGUGAUGAAUAUAUGAAGUUGAGGCUCUUUAAUAAAAAUGAAACAAACAAGGAGAGCAAAACUACAGAAUGUUCUGAUAAGUUCGACCAACUGGUCGAAAUAGACGAUAUGACUAGAGAUAGUUCUAUAUUUGACAAAUAUUCACAUCCAAACGACUGUAAUAUCUAUACUGACGAUAGUAGAGAAGCAGAACUCAAAACUCUUUUAACCUCGCCAUCCCUGAUGCCGUUGAAGAAAGUAAUCACAACUACAAGUGAUAACAACGACCAAAUUACUAAAAAUUCCAAAAAUAGAGAUUUUUUUGCAGAGUUAAAAAGUACCUAUAGCAAUCUUUAUGUUAAUAAAAGUCCAAAGAUGAGCAACUUGUUAAAUGAUGUAUAUGGUAGUACAAAAAAACAAUCAGAAAAAAUUGCAGAAAAUAACUAUACAUUAUGGUUAAAUGCAAUCAAAGAAUAA